UUAAUUUUAACGUGGCGUACUAUACAGAAAGUUUGAUAUGGGAUUUAUGCAAGAUAAGGUUGAACUAUUCAGUGGCAGGGUGGUCACAGAAACAAUUAGGCAAUGGCUUGUUCUACUAUCAACUAUAUGACUUGUUAUCUUAUUAAACAUUUCAUGAGUGGUGAUCAUAAGAAACUCGCGUAAAAUAUUCUCAUCCGAUGUGCUCAUGCUUCUACUAAUCCAGAUAAGAAUAGUAUUGCUGAUGAUAUUUGAGUUCCUUGUGCCUAACAGGUUCCUUGUAUUUCUAGGGGAACUAUUUUAUUUAGUUUUGCUUACAAUUAUCUUUCUCAUGUUCAUCAGGAAUAUAUCCUCCAUUCAGCAUAACUUAACUAGAGGCUAUAAACUUUAUUUUGGUUGUUGCACAGCUAUUAUUCUGGCAAUACUGGUGAUGGGUAUCAUAGAGUAUGAGAAGGCUUUUGAUUGCUCGAAAAAUUCUGAAGGAUAUACUCAGUACCCGAAUCAUAUUCUUCAUGGUCUAGAGCUUCUCUUGGUUAGUGUUAACCUUUUUCUCACUUUUGUGAUUUUGAAAAAGCUCCAGAGAGCAAGAAAUGAGAGAAGAUUAAGCAACAGCCAGAUAGAUGCAGAUACUGAAUAUUGCUUUGAUGUGACUUCAAGUAUGAAACAGAGUCAAGUUAAAAUGUUAUCUAUCAGUCUCUUUAUAUUUACUCUUUUGCGAGUCACAUUUUCACUUAUUGGUGAUGAAGUGUUAUUCAAAAGAGGAGGAUUUGAAUGAAAAGAGCCAGGCUAUUACAGGCCGCAAAAAGACAUAUCAGCACUAUAUCUUUUCAUUACAAGCUUUGCUUCUAUCUUUCCAGCUUUCUUUCUCUUGUACAUAAUAUUCUGGAUUCCUAAAAAGGAAGGAAAGCUUUCGAUGAGCUUUUUCCAAAAAGAAAAACUGAGAAUUAAUAAAUUCGAGGAUACUAUAAAAUCUACAUCUUCGUACGUGAAUAAUGAUAUUGAUGUUUCUCAUAUAACUUCUCCCUUCUUGGGUAAGAAAAGAGAUCAUGGGUUUCCUUCAGAUAAUAGCCACCUCCAGGGAAUUGACUAUUCAGCACAUGAUGUCUAUGACAGAAAUUAUACUGAUAAUGGAGACCAUUCUCAUGUUGCUGAGGAUUUCAAGUCCUGCUUUGAAGAGAGGAUGAAAUCAGCAAUGGAUAAAUCAGUAGCUGAUAAGAAAACAGAAGAUCCAUGGAGAAAUGCUUCCAGAGUCAGAAAGGUCCCUGCUACGCAAAGAUCAUAUGCUGAAAAAUCGGACUCAUCUCUUCCAAAUUUCCAUUAA